GAUUCCAUUUUCCCUCAGUCGUCGAAUGGGAAACACGCGUUGUUUUUACCCACUCUGAAUAAAAACUAAACUAACAAGGAAACAGCAAAAUGAACGAAAUUGAGAGAAAUGGUGAACUUAUCUGUGAAAAGGAAUGUUUAGAGGAGAAAGAGAAAGUGAUGAUAGAUAGUGAUGAAUCUGUCUCUACCGGGAGCAGCGGGGGGUCAGAGAGUGGGGAUGAAAAUGUGGGUCGGGGCAACUGGUCAGGUCGUCUGGACUUCUUCCUGUCCUGUGUGGGUUAUGCCGUGGGACUCGGAAACAUUUGGAGGUUCCCGUAUCUAUGUUACCAGAGCGGAGGAGGGGCUUUUCUGAUCCCAUAUGUGAUUUUCCUUGUCUUGUGUGGAAUGCCAUUAUUCUUCUUAGAGAUCAGCUACGGACAAUUCGCCAGUCUGAGUCCGAUCACGGUGUGGAGAAUGUCCCCACUGUUUAAAGGUGUGGGUUAUGGUAUGGUCAUCAUCUCGGGCAUUGUUUGUGUUUACUACAACAUCAUCAUAACCUGGACCAUUUAUUUUCUGUACCACUCGUUCAGCGCUCUCCUGCCAUGGAGCACAUGUAAUAAUGAAUGGAACACAGAGAAAUGUUACAUUCGCAGUAAGCAGAUUAAUUAUGCCAGGAUUAAUGGGACGAUUGGCUACAAUGCCUCCAAUAUAAACAUCACAGACUUCUCCUUGGACAUAAAUGUGACAUCAGCCAACCUAACAAACAAUGGGUCGGCAUCAGAUGCAUCCAGCAAGGUCACAGCGAGCGAAGAGUUCUGGCAGAAUGAGGUGUUACAGAUCACAGAGGGUAUAGAGAACCUGGGUGUUGUCCGCUGGGAGCUUCUCAUCUGUCUGGCUAUUGCUUGGAUUGUCGUGUUCCUGUGCUUGUGCAAGGGAGUUAAAUCUUCUGGAAAGGCAAUGUAUGUGACGGCCACUUUCCCCUAUCUGGUUCUGAUAAUUCUGUUUAUCCGAGGGGUCACUCUACCUGGUGCUGGAGCCGGGAUUUACUUCUACCUGGUUCCUGAGUGGGAAAAACUUCUCACAUUCAAGGUGUGGGGAGAUGCAGCAGUUCAGAUUUUCUACUCGGUUGGAAUGGCCUGGGGAGGUCUUAUCACAAUGGCCAGCUUCAACAAAUUCAACAACAACUGUUACCGGGACGCCAUGAUUGUCCCCCUUAUUAACUGUGGCACCAGUGUGUUUGCCGGCCUGGUCAUCUUCUCUGUCCUGGGGUUCAUGUCUUAUGAGACGGGGGUCGAUAUCGAUAAAGUAGUCACCCAGGGACCUGGUUUGACCUUUGUGGCCUAUCUCAGAA